UGAAGCCUGAGACCGAGCCGAAGUUGAGUAUUGGAAAACGGCCCUAGAUAAAGCGCGCCCUAUAACUAAACACUAAAAAACGCACCAACGUGCGAUUAUUGCUUGCGACGCAAUGCGUGCAUAGUAGAGGCGCCCAACUUGAAGAGUAUUAAAGCAAACAGCAUGACGUAGGCUCGCACUCGAACUACAGUAGCUUAGGGGUUUCUUCUUAUACUUUACAGAGUAAGGAGGCGGAUACGGGAAGUGAACUAAUUUCUAUCACAGUAGGGCCUACAUUCGGCCGGCGGAUACGGGAAGUACAUACUGUACAUGUAAACUAAUUUCCGCUACAGUAAGUUAAGUCGGCGGAUAUUCCGGAAGUAAUUUCCGCUACAAAUAAUUUGCCACUAGGCUACCUUCAAGUUACUUCAAGUCUUCGACACAAACUAAACUUACUCUUAAAAAGAAAAAAAUGUUUAGGCCUACAUGGAUGAAGAGGAUCUUCAUCGGCAUUACUGCCGUACUUGUACUUCAGCAUCUGUUGUCAAUAGUUUACAGCCUGGGUUUCCACAAGCAGGCAUACAACCACCGCCCGGGGAUGUGCAGAGUUGUACCGGGAAUUGAUACUGGUUCAGAGGAUAUUUACGUAUUGAAGAAUGGCUUGGCUUUGAUAACCUCGGGUAUGAAUGUUGCAGCCCUGGGCUUCACAAUGGAUCCAUCUGCCCUGACAUGGAGAGGACACAUCUAUCUCUUUGAUUUCAACCAACCCAAUGCCAACGUGACUGAGUUGUCAAUUUUAGGUAGCUUUGACCAGACUGACUUCAGGCCACAUGGCAUCAGUGUAUGGGAGGAACGCACUCAAACAACUGUCUUUGUUGUGAAUCACAAGCAUCAGCAUGAUUCAAUUGAGGUAUUCAGCUUCAAUGAAAAGAUGAAGUCACUACAUUACCUGCGCACCUUCACAGAUUCACGUAUGACAAGUGUCAAUGACGUAGUUGCUGUUGGAACCAACACAUUCUACUUCACUAAUGACGGCUACAAUAAACAAUUCUUCAAGCGAUUCCUGGAACGAUUUCUCAAGUUUCCAUGGGGUAACGUGGUUUACUAUGAUGGGAACACUGGAUGGGGACAAGUUGUCAUCCCUAGAAGCCUGGAACCUAAUGGAAUCAACCAAUCUCCAGAUGGGAGGUUUAUUUAUGUUUCAUCUCCUGUUGUUGGAGCCUUGACUGUGUAUGAGCGUCAACCAGAUUAUUCACUGAAACCUAUCCAGGUGAUUGAUCUCUAUACAAGUCCGGAUAAUGUUUACGUGGAUUCAUCAUCGGGUGACCUUUGGUUUGGAUGUCACUUGAUUAGCUAUCAGACCAUGUUGCACUUCCAAGAUUUUAGACAGCCAUCUGCAUCACAGGUAUUGCAUAUCCAGCUGAAGUCAAAGACUGCACCAUACUCUUAUGAUAUCAGGGAGGCAUAUGUAGAUGAUGGGAAGCAAAUCUCUGGCUCUUCAGUGGCUGCCUACUAUAAUAAUCAGUUACUCAUUGGCUCUGUCACUCACAAAUUGGUACAUUGUCAAGUACUGGCUUUCUAAAGU